UGAGGCAAGAUUAGAUAAACAGAAGAAAAUAUUUUAACAAUAUGCAUCUUGCUGAUUCUGGGAUACUGCUGCUGGCUUGGUUAACUACGUGCAAUGCAGCACCUAUUAUUGCUCCAUGGAUCUCAGCUGAGGACGAAGAUCUGGCAAAGAAAUACCUCUCUCAGUACUACUCUGAUGCUCAGACGAGUCCCUCAGUGAAGAGUAUUGCUGAAAACCCCUUCCCUGAAACUCUUCGGAGCAUGCAGACCUUUUUUGGCCUGGAGGUGACAGGUGUCUUAAAUGAUAAAACCUUGGAAGUGAUGAGGGCUCCUAGGUGUGGUGUGACAGACGUUUAUAAAUUUAAACACAUGCCUGGAAGACCAAAAUGGGAGAAAAGCUUGAUCACAUACAGAAUCACUGAGUACCCUCAGAAUCUGAUGCAGAGUCAGGUGGAUGCAACCAUUGCUCAGGCCUUCCAGCUCUACAGUGAUGUCAUCCCACUGGAUUUCCAACAGAUCUACUGGGGUACUGCGGACAUUAUGAUCCUCUUCCAGAGCAGAUUUCAUGGAGACUCUGUCAUUUUUGAUGGGCCGGGAAACAUAUUGGCUCAUGCCUUUGAACCUGGAGAGAAUGAGGGAGGAGAUGUACACUUUGAUAAGGAUGAAACUUGGACUUUAACCCAUUUAGAUUUUAAUCUGCUGCUGGUGGCGGCCCAUGAGUUCGGCCAUUCUCUGGGCCUGGAUCACUCCAGUGACGAAAGUGCAUUGAUGUUCUCCAAAUAUCAAUAUGUCAACACAGAUGGAUACAGGCUGCCAGACGAUGAUGUACGUGGAGUUCAAGCACUUUAUGGUAAACAAACAAAUCAAUAAACUAAUUCUAACAUGAGACAACCUACUGGCCCACAACCUGGACCAGACCCAGUCCCUCUGCCCAACCCACAAAACCAACAAUGCAGUCAAGAGCUGGUGUUUGAUGCUGUUACCUCCAUAUGUGGAGACCUUUUCUUCUUCAAAAACGGAUACUACUGGAGGAGGAGUACUGGUUUUCCAGAAAUUAGAUUUUCAAAAGUGAGUACAACAUGGCCCCAAAUCAAUCAUGUGGAUGCGGCUUUUGAAGUCCCAAACAUGCAACUGGCAUAUUUUUUUGAAGGUAAUCAAUACUGGGGCAUCAGACCCUGUGACAUGACAAUAAUACCAGGCUUUCCACAGCCUAUCACCAACUUUGGCCUCCCCUCCUACAUUAAUAAGGUGGAUGCUGCUGUCUAUGAACCAACAACAGGAAGAGCACUGAUGUUUGUGAAUAACCAAUAUUGGAGCUAUGAUUACAAUUCUUACCAACCGGAAAGUGGAUACCCACGAUACAUCUCACUGGAUUUUCUGGGGAUUGGCUCCAAAGUUGACGCAGCCUUUGAGAAUCUUGGAUAUCUGUAUUUCAUCGAAGGUGCCAGACAGAGCGAGUACUACCUGUCAUAUAAGAGAGUAAUGCGUGUGAUAUUCAACUAUCAAUGGCUCAACUGUGCUCAACUUAUAAAAUAGUGUUGGUGGUGUUAGGUUGGGUGUGGGGCCAUGGCCGUCUUUCUGCUAUGAAAAAGGAUCCUUUGAACACUCCCAGCCGUGCCUGCACCC